AUGGCAUCUGAAUUUGCAUCACGACCACUUGGCUCCACAUUAGUCUUAUUUGACGUUGAUGGUACACUCACUCCGGCUCGUCGACAGGCUUCACCUGAGAUGAUCAAAUUGUUAGGAGACUUGAGGAAAAAGGUGGUGAUUGGAUUUGUAGGAGGUAGUGAUCUUGUGAAAAUUAGGGAACAACUUGAAGUCUCUGGCGAGAAUAUCUUGGACAAGUUCGAUUACUGUUUUGCAGAAAACGGUUUGACGGCUUAUAAAAUGGGAACAGAACUUUCAAGUCAAAGUUUUAUUAAAUUCUUAGGGGAGGACAAAUACAAGAAAUUGGUUAACUUUUGCUUGAAGGAGAUGUCCGAGAUAGAUAUCCCGGUGAAACGAGGUACCUUCAUCGAGUUCCGAAAUGGUAUGAUUAACGUAUCGCCGAUCGGACGUAAUGCAUCUGUCCAGGAACGAGAUGAGUUUGAGCAAUACGACAAAAAGACUCAAAUCCGAGCCAAGUUUGUGGAAAAAUUAAGAAAAGAGUUUGCUGAUUACGGUCUCACUUACUCAAUCGGAGGUCAAAUUUCAUUCGAUGUCUUUCCCAGCGGAUGGGAUAAGACUUAUGCACUUAAACAUGUAGAGAAAGAAGGGUUCAAAGAAAUCCAUUUCUUUGGUGAUAAAACUUAUAAAGGUGGAAAUGAUUAUGAGAUUUAUGAAGAUUCUCGAACUAUUGGACAUCCAGUCACCAACCCAAAUGAUACCAUGAAAAUUUUGAAAGAGUUGUUCCAGCUCUGA